AAUAAGCACAACUGUUGCCGACGGUUAAACAGGUUACACUCCAGUCCGGUAGAUGGCGAUAAUGAUCAAAGGAAGCCACGGUUUAAACAAAAAAAAAACCCCAAACAAACAAAAAAAAAACAGUACGCAUUUCCGGUUUCGUGCUCACGUGCACAAAGUGAAACAUGCCGGUAGAUACUAAACGUAUCCGUGGACCGGAGUUGUCACAAUCUCCUUUAUUAUUUGUUUCUCCGGUUUCUGAAGUCAGCAGCAGCAGCAGCAGCAGCAGGAGGCAGGGCGUGCGAGGAAACGGUGAUGUUCGCCCGGUAUUCGCGCGCUGCGGACUCGUGAGCCAGGCCAAGGGUUCUGCGUACCUCGAGGCCGGCAACACGAAGAUCAUCUGCUCGGUGUACGGUCCGCGCGAAACGGAGCGCAAGGACGAGACCGACAUGAAAAGCGGGCGCCUCGUAUGCGACUUCCGCCUGGCGCCGUUCUCCUGCCCGAAGCGCGGCGCGUGGAUCCAGAACGCCGAGGAGCGCGACCUGUCCGCGGCGCUGGCCGAGAGCCUGCAGCCCGGCGCGUGCCUGCACCGCUACCCGCGCGCCCAGGUCGACGUGAACGUCGUGGUGCUGGAGAACGACGGCUCCGUCCUGGCGCACGCGGUCACGUGCGCGUCCAUGGCGCUUGCGGACGCCGGCAUCGAGAUGUACGACACGGUGCUGGGCUGCGCACUGAGGCAGGACGGAGAGCGGUGCCUCGUGGACCCCGACCUGGCGGAGGAGCAGAGCGGCGCGGGGGAGAACCAGGGCCGCGUCGCGGUGGCGCUUCUCCCCAACCUGAACCAGAUUUCCGGGCUGCAGGCGGACGGCGAGAUGCGCGAGGACACAUUAACGGCGGCCGUCAGAACCUGCGUGGAGGGCUGCCACAAGCUGUACCCGGUGGUCCAACAAGCCAUACUGCGGGCAGUUAAAAAGAAAGCACCACCUCCACCUGAGAAAUAAGACUGUUUAUGUUUUUCUCUUUCUCAAACUACAUGCAUCACUUUCCUAGCGUUUCAACCCUGAUAGAUUUGCAGCAGUUAUGAAAUAUUAAAUGACAUUUAUCACAUCACCAGUUGCAGAAAGUUAUUCUGUAAUAUAACUCCAUAUUUAGAGCCAACACGUGGUGCAUAAGGAGUUACACACAUUAUAUAUAUAUGCAUAUAUAAAUAACAGCCGCUUUGAGGGGGCGUGUCUUUAUCGACACAGAGGUGGAGCGUAGGAGUCCAUAUAUGGAGGUCGCGGGCAUUUUGAAGCGAGCUGGUUGUUAGCUUAAUGCUAACGUGACAGGAAUUUUGAAAGAAUUUUAAGUCACGUUUCUAUAUCAAUUAUUUAUGCUUUUAAGCAAUAAAACCUCUCACGUAUUUAAUGACGACAUGUAAAUAACAUUUAUAAGUAAUUUCUGCAAAAUAAGUUUACUCAAAGAGAACCUUUUUAUAAAUUUGACAAAAGUCUCCAAAAUGUCCAUAAUCAUUCAAAUAAACGUUAUCCAGCUAGCUGACAUGAGGUAAAGUUAUAAAUAUUUACGUACAUAUUUGUAAUUCCUAUGUUCCCCAGUUCAAUAUUCUGUUAACAC